GAAAAUUCGGUUAAAAUUAUUCGAGAUGAAUUUCGCUACUUGUUUUGCUACUUUAAUGACGUGGAUUGCCAUCUCGGGAUCGGGAAUUUUAUCCGUUGUCGGCCAGCAUUACAAGCACCUACGCCCGCAGCCACACGACAAGUUACCCCUUCAAGAUAUCCCAGAAAAUCCGAACCCGCUCUACAACCCCCGGCCCACUGACAUCGAUGUACGAAAGCUACGAGCAAAGUUAGGAGUCGAUUACCUGCCUAACUUCAUGUCGCCGCGAGACCCAGGAAUCGUGGCCGUACCCACCGUCCAUGUUAAGCAAAAGCCUCGACCCACAGCUGCGAUCCGACAGGUGUUUCGACGACUCACAAGGAAUAAGUUUCCACGCCGGAUGACCAGGCGAGUUAUGAAGCACAAAAAGGUCAUUCAAUACUGGCUUUGGCAGGCGACAUCUUGUCAGGUGCAUUACCGAUGGAAAGACCUUGGAAUCCGAUAUUGGCCACGGUUUAUCAAGGAAGGUUACUGCGACACGACCCAGUCGUGCUCUAUUCCCGCGGGGAUGCGAUGCCACCAGUCCGGCCAAACGAACCUUAAAAUCCUGCGCUGGGUUUGCCAAGGAAUCUCCGAGCAGAAGUAUUGCUUAUGGAUUGAGAUGCACUACCCGAUUAUCAGUGAGUGCCGUUGCCAAUGCCCUUAACUCGAACCGACUGCACCCCAAGUGCUUAACAUUCCGACGACGGUCAGGGCCGUGGCGUAUACAGUUCGACGUCGCGUCGGAAGUUGCCACGCUACGCUAAAUUACCCAGAGAAGUGGGUACAGUUACCGAACGAGCCGACCCAGUGCAAUCAACUAUUGUGGAGUACAUAUACCUACCUAAUAUACUUACAGUGUACACAGGUCGGGUGACCGAACUUAUACGCGCAUGAGAGCGAUUCUAACGGGCUGCAGAAGGACUUUAAAUGUCGGACAAUUUUUUUCCAAGACACCAGCCCGAAAGCUCAUGCUGUUCGAUUUUUUAUCCCCGCCGAGAGUUUCUAGUUUAGUCGAUACGUUUCUUUAUUGUGAUUCAUCUGUCAAUCUGUUUUCGGUUCGGAAAUGUAUUAGGGUUUACUAGACCGUAACGUUACGGAUGUAUAGCCGAUAAAAAUUUACUUUCAUUUCAACGUUAUCGUCAUUUCACGUCCGCCUUGGCGCCUCCUAAUAAAUUGGCUCGCAUACCA